AUGGCGUCGUCUGCGGUCAACUUAUUGGAUUUGGCUGCCGCAUCCUUGUCAUCAGUGAUUGUGGCGGCCGAUCUGAUUCGAGAAAUGUCCACAACGGACGAAAAUGACACUGGUGUCUUGCCCAGCCACAACAAUGUGCGACUGAAGGCCGAUGGCUCUGUGGUGACUGAUGCGGAUUUUGCUGCCCAAUCCAUAAUCGUACAAUCCCUACAAUAUGUUUCCAACGACAUCCGGAUUGUGGGGGAAGAAAGUGAAGAAGAAAUGGCCAAGAAAUCCAUGACAGGAAUGGAAGACAAAAUUCAGGCAAUGUUUCACUUGGCCCAAAAAGAGAUUCAAAUGAGAUAUAAUUCCGAUGGUGAAGGAUCGUCUGAUCUACCAUUUCCAUUGGCGCAACAGAGGUUGGCGCAGAAUGAUGAUGCCACAAAUGCUGAAACCGAAGCGUCACCAUCCACGAGCCAAGAUCGAGCUCUUGAAAAACUGAAGGAUUGUGAAGUGGACCCAUCACGAGUCAGUGUAUUCAUUGAUCCUCUAGAUGGUACCAAAUGUUAUGCAGAGGGAGAAUUUGAUGCCGUUUCGAUACUGGUUGGCAUUGUGUUGGAUGGAAUGCCCUGCUUUGGUGUGAUUUGUAAACCUUUUGGGUAUGCAGGUCAUACAACAGUGAUGAACACGGAAUGUGUUGUCUUUUAUGGGGGUACGCUACUUGGAGCAGCCUAUACUGCCGGGGGCUCUACCCUACGAUAUAGUUUGGAGGGCAAACUUCCGGAAGACUUGCCACGAGCUGUAAUCUCAGGUUCCAAGGCCAAGGGGAUCAUUAAGGAAUUUGUGGCACAUUUGGGGAACAAGGGAAUAGUUCAAUCAGAACCCUUACUUGUCAGUGGGGCAGGGGAAAAGUCGUUGAGAAUGAUAAUACGAUCACAUAAAGAAGGGCUUUGGUUUUAUCCAAAAGCUGGGACCUCAUUGUGGGAUGUGGCAGCCUCGGAUGCCAUUCUAAGAAUAUUAGGAGGCAAGCUAACGGACAAGAACGGAAAGAAUAUGGAUUACAGCCGGUCGCAAGCGGAGGCAUUGAAUAGAAAUGGAGUUGUAGCCUGCUACGACGCAACGUUACAUGCCGAAUGCAUUCGAUUGUUUACGGAAGGAUCUUGGGAGGCUACUGAAUAG